AUGCCGACUUUGCAAAAGUACAAGGGCCUUGUCUACUUGUGGCAAUACGUGCCCAGUCUCCCAGGCUCCAUAAUAUUCACCAUCCUCUUCACCGUCAUCACCGUGGCACAUGGAUGGAAAAUGUUUAAGACGAGACUAUGGUUCUGCAUGCCAUUCUUUAUUGGCGGUAUAUGUGAAGUGCUUGGAUACAUCUUUCGAGCAGCUGCUUGGAACGCUACUGAAUCAUUGAUCUUUUACAUCAUGCAGGCCAUUUUCCUGCUCAUACCGCCCGUCUUCUUCGCCGCAACGCUGUACAUGGUCUACUCCCGUCUCGUCAGAGCCCUCCGAGGUGAAGAGUUCUCGCUCAUUUCUCCCCGUUGGACGACAAUCAUAUUCGUCAUCGGCGACUUGGCGACUCUCAACGUCCAAUCUAGCGGUGCAGGUAUGCUAGCCGACGACGACGACAACAAGGUCGCGACUGGCAACAAAAUCGUCGUUGCUGGGUUGAUCCUCCAGGUUCUUCUGUUCAUUGGCUUUAUGAUCUGUUGUCUUGUCUUUCACUUACGGUACAAGGCUCAUCUGACUGAGAGCUUCACCGUGAGCCAUGUUCCGUGGAAGUCGUGCCUGCAUAUGCUCUACUGGACAUCGAUGAUGAUCUUGGUGCGGAACGUCUUUCGGGUGAUCGAGUACAUUAUGGACAAGGACGGAUAUCUCCAGCAGUACGAGUGGCCGACGUUUGUUUUUGACUCGGUGUUGAUGUUCCUGGUCAUGGUUGCCUUUUACAUAUGGUAUCCGAGCAACCUUCAACCCAAGUCGAGGGAGUCUAUGGUGGAGCUCAUGUCGAACGAGGGCGGUAAUUCUCCCGAGCACUAA